CCAGCUGCGGAUGACUAACGCCUGUUCCUGGUCUCGUGGUCUGAAGCUGUGUCAUCGCGAUAGUAGUUCCCACUCCCCCGCCCCCGAAAUGGCCGCUAACAGUCAAGGAACCUUUGAUGGAAAAUUUGAGGCACUGGAUCUUGCAGAAUUAACUAAAAAACAACCAUGGUGGCGUAAGCUGUUUGGGCAGGAAUCUGGGCCAUCAGCUGAAAAAUAUAGUGUAGCAACCCAGCUGGUAAUUGGGGGUGUUACUGGAUGGUGCACUGGUUUCGUAUUCCAGAAGGUUGGAAAAUUGGCUGCAACAGCUGUAGGAGGUGGAUUCUUUCUCCUUCAGCUGGCAAACCAUACUGGAUACAUCAAAGUUGACUGGCAAAGAGUAGAAAAAGACAUGAAGAAAGCCAAAGAGCAGUUGAAAAUUCGUAAGAAUAAGCAAAUACCAACUGAGGUCAAGAGCAAAGCUGAGGAGGUUGUAUCAUUUAUAAAGAAGAAUGUUCUAGUGACUGGAGGAUUUUUUGGAGGCUUUCUGCUUGGCAUGGCAUCCUAAGAACUUCACUUCAUUGUUCUGUUUUUAUAGUUGUUUGUUUCUUGCCAGCAGCUUCUACACUCCAACAUAGGACAAUCGGCACUCCUCUUCCUCAUCUUCUCCUGUGCCUUCCUCCCUGUUGCAGCAAAUCUGAAUGGCUUUAAUAGGCUUCUCUUGGUGCAAGGUCUUCUCAGGCCUUCUCAAUCUUAACACGUUGGAAGAGACAGUAGCUGUUAACUCUUCCAGUACCCUCCUUACUUGGUGUGUAGCUUAACAAGAAUGUUCCUUUUCCCCUAUGUAAGAUCCUUUUCCAAACUCAAUUUGGAAAAGCAGCAUGUAGUUACCUUAGUACAUAUUACAUGAAAAGGAACCAAAUACAUUUGCCUUUAAGCAUGAAAAUUUUUGGUAUCUUGGUGUAUGCUUUCUUUUUAAAUUGGUUUUAGGCUAUAGAAAGAGGGGUAUUUAUACUUGCUAUAAUUAUCUUGCCAAAAUGGCAGUGUAAGUACCAACACUAAAAAUAUUAAAUAUUAAAUUAACUUCUGCAAACAAUGCAUGAAGUAAUAUAAGUAUUAUAUAUGGUAGGUGGGUCUUUAUGGAAACCAGCUGUAAGAACUUCAUGAAAUACAACAUUUAAGCAAGAAUUUUAAAUUUAUUUCUUUUACAUAGAAGUGCUCUAUCUGCAUGUUCACCUCUGUGCCAGAUCCCAUUACAGAUGGUUGUAAGCCACCAUGUGGUUGCUGGGAAUUGGACUUAGGACCUCUUGAAGAGCAACCAGUGCUCUUAACUGCUGAGCAUCUCUCCAGUCCUUUAAGCAAGAAUUUUAAAGAGAUGUUCCAGGCAUUCAGAAGAAAAGCAUAUGUGUAGUAAAUUAUUUUCAUCAAAUGCAAUCUCCAUCAGAAUUAUUAAUAUAAAAAUCUAUGUAUACUUUACAUUAUUCCAUAAUAGCUAUUACCAUGAGCUCAACUCCAACUACAAAAUCAUCUUCCAUGUCAAGUCUUCUAUCAUCUUCAUUAUACCCACAGGGCUUACUACUUAAUAGAUUUCAAAUAUUUUUGAAUAUAUUAAUUGUAUAAAGAAAGCUUCCCGUUAAAGGUUAGGUUUACCUCAAAUGAAUUCUUAGAUAUGUAGAUGAUCCUUUGUGCAAUAGUGUAUUUUAAGGUCAUACAUUAAACAUAAUUACUUUUUUGACAUACCUUAACAUUGACAUACUUUUGAAAAUUGAAACUACCAGUGGAUGUGUAAAACUAAUUAGGAUUCACCUAUUUGCAUUUCCUCACUACGUUUUGAUUUUAUUUGAGCCAAUAUAAGUUAUUCUACUUGUAAUACAUAUUAAUCAUCUUUCCUUACAUGGUAGUAUAACCUGCCUUGGUAUAUAUUUUUCUCAAAAAUUUGAAGAUGAUUUUUCACUAUUUACUGUGGAAACAUAAAGAGAGUACAGUCAUUUCCCCAAGUAUCCAUUGCUUGCCUAUAGCAAUCAUGUAAUUGUAUUUUUUAUCAAUUAUUAUAAUAUACCUGCCAUUUUAUUGUUUACAAUAUGUAUUCAAUACUAAAAAUCUAAAUAUUUUUUUUGUUUUAAAGCUUUAAAAAAGGGCUGGAGAGAUGGCUCAGCCGUUAAAGGCUAGGCUCACAUCCCAAAAUAUAAAACUUUUAAAAAAAUCAUAAUACCUUUUUAUUACAGAAAAAUUAAUAAUGGUUCUUUAAUAUCAAAACCAUGCAGUAUUUAAAAUCCUCUUUGUGUGUACAAUAUAUUUAUUGACAACUGUGUGCCAUCAUCUGUUUUAUAGUUCUUUGUAUUCUUCUUGGGGUUGUGCCAUUUAUGGUGAUUCUUGAUGUAGCCAUGUUGUUCUCCCUGUGUCUUAACAGUAUCAUUGGCAUGGUGAGAGCAAAAGCUACUGCAAUGCCCCUUUGGGUAUGUGAUGAGGAAUGGUCAUCUAGUAUCUCUCUAGUGGCUUGGUAGCUGACUUCUGAUCCAUCUGCUUUCUUUCUGAUUAAUAGGGGUUACAACUAAUAGACUAGUGGACUGGAGUUCCUUCAAAAGGUUAUAAUAGGUAAUGGUCUAGACUCAGAUUCUACCCUGGUCUGAAAUAAAAUCUAUAAUUCUAUCCUGAA